AUGGACACCGAACUUAGGCAGAGGGUAAAAAGCUCCCCGGUGCCGGGCAUUGAGCUCGCGGAAGAAGAGCCAAAGGGACAUCCGGGAGGAGAAAUCAAGCAUGGAGCAGCUGUGCAGAUUGUUCGGUUCCUGCUGUUUAUUACGUACUUCCAGGGGUGUUGUUGCUCAAUCGUUGCAACUCAGUUCAUAGGUGCUCCGCUGUACUGGUUUAACAGUGACCUUUACUAUGCAUAUAUGGCCCUGACCAAGCAAUCCUUCGGCAUAUUUGUUACGACCCUAACACAAUGGUGGGCUCCGACGCCGGUGCGGGUUAGCGGGGAUGCUUCGGUGGCGGGGCAAAUAAAGCAAACUGAGGAUGGGAGGGUGGAGCUUAAUUUUCCAGGCAGGGUAGUCUUGAUAGGAAAUCACCAGAUAUACUCCGACUGGCUUUACUUCUGGUGGGCCGCCUACACGAACAACCCCCAAAUGCACGGCCACAUCUACAUCAUCCUAAAAGAAUCCUUAAGCUACGUCCCUGUAAUCGGGUGGGGGAUGAGGUUUUACGGAUUUGUGUUCAUGUCUCGAAAGAUGGCGACAGAUCAACCAAGAUUGGCACACAGGUUGCAGAAAUUGAGGACAGUGCAUGCAGGACCGAUGUCUGGAACUUCCGGACUCGAUCCGAUGUGGCUUUUACUGUUCCCUGAGGGAACGAAUUUAAGUGCCAACACGAGGAAAAAGAGUGCGGCAUGGGCGGAGAAGCAGGGAAUUAAGGACUUCGAGCAUGUGCUUCUACCCAGAAGCACCGGGACUUUCUUCUGCUUGAAUGAGCUGAAGGGAACAGUGGAUUAUGUCUAUGAUUGUACCGUGGCAUAUGGAGGCAUUCCGAGAGGAGAAUACGGCCAAGACUUAUACAGCCUUCGAGGCAUGUACCUUCAAGGCCGACCGCCACCAUCAGUCAACAUGUAUUGGCGUCGUUUUACAGUCGCCGAUAUGCCACUGGAUGAUCACGAAAAAUUCGAGCUAUGGUUGAGAGAGCGUUGGCACGAAAAGGACCUCUUACUCGAGCAUUUCGUCGAACACGGCAGCUUCCCAACUGACAAAGCCGCCGUAAAUGGCGCUUCAAGCGGAGCAGCAAAAGGCGAAGUCGUGGAGACUGAAGUCAAGCUCGGCCACUGGUACGAAGUGUUCAAUAUCUUCAUAAUGUUGGCUAUCUUUGCUUUAUUAGCAAAUAUGUUGGCCAGGGUCUGGAAUAAAGCUCUUUGGGGAAGGAGUUCUGUCUUCUAG